AUGAUGAAACGCAAGGAGAGAUCAUCGGAGUUAGAGGUCGCCGUCGCCGGAGAUGAUGACGAUGAUCGUCUGAGCAGCCUCCCCGACGACGUGAUCGGCCGCAUCCUCUCUUUCCUGCCCGCCCGGCAAGCCGCGCGCACGACGCAGCUGUCGCGGCGGUGGCGGCGAGUGUGGCCCGCGCACGUCGCCGCGCUCAACCUGUCCGUCCUGGACUUGCCGCGGCGGCGCCGCCGGUGCCCGGGGAUGAUCCAGAGAGAGUUCGCCGCUCUCGCCGGGGAGGCCCUCCUCCGGUUCCCGACCACCGGCAUCCCCUCCAUCUCCGUCGAGGUCGACCACUACAUCAACGUCGCCGCCGACGGAUGGUUCGGCCAGGCGAUGGAGCGCGCCGUCGGCUCCGUGCGCGUCACUUCGCUGCGCGGGCUCGUCGGCUGGCUGCCGCUCCCGCCCUGCGCCCGCGCGGCGGCCAUGGCCGUCGCCGCGCCGCGCACCGUGCUGACACUCCCCGGCGUCGACGACCGGCAGGUGUUCGGCAGAUUGUCCGAGCUGAGCCUGUCGCUGGUGCGGCUCGGCGGCGGCGGCGAGCGGCCGCUGGACGAGUUCCUGUCGUCGUGCUGCCCGCGGCUGAGGCGGCUGCGGCUGCGCGGCGUGAGGGGGCGCCACGCCGUGCGCCGGCUGGCGCUCCACACGCUGGACCAUCUCGAGGUCCUCGACAUCGACGGCGUCGACGACCUGGAAGCCCUCGACGUGUCGGCGCCCAACCUCCGGUGCCUGAACGUGCGCUCCUGCUUCCGCGGCGGCGGCGGCGACGUCGCCGUCACGGCGCCGGGGAUCGAGGCCGUCGUCUGGCACCGGAGCUACCCGGAGCAUCUCGCCUUCCGCUCCGGCCUGGCGCGCGUUCGCCGGCUCGCCGGGCCACUCAAGCUCGCGGCGGUCGGGCGGCGCGACCUGUUCGACGCCCCUUACACCACGCAGCUCCUGCGGUCGUGCUCCCUCGCCGUCGGCCAUCUCGACAUGGAGCUCGUGAUGCCGGAAGACAUGGCUCUCGCCAACUGGCUAGGCGGCGGCGGCGGCGCGUGCGAGGACUUGAUCCGCCAUCUGCCGGAGCUGCCGCGUGUCACUGUACUCUCGCUCAACAUCAGGUGGAGCUUCGCCAGCGGCGGCGGCGGCGGCAUUGCGGCGAGCUUGGCGUCACUACUCUCCAAAACACCAAGCUUAACAAGGCUUCACAUUCGAACAAGCCCCUACUGCUUCUCAGUCUUUGAGGGCCAAGAGGAGGUUGAGGCGGUGGCGGUGGCGGCACGAGGAAGCUGGCACAUGUGGAUGACAGAUGGUGAGGACGAUAGCCGGAAGCCGAGGCUUGGUCGUCGUCUCGACUCCCUUCGAGAGGUGAGCGUGGACGGGCUCACCGGCGGCGACCGUGAAGAGUACAGCGUCGUCGUCGAGCUCUUGCUUGCGACCAUCGUGCCACCGUCGCUAGAGAGGAUGUCUCUUGCGUUCCAUGGCCAUGCCGCGCCAGCCAUCAUUGAUGACAUCGCUAGGGAGAUCCCGCUGCACUUCCCUAUCAUGGCGACCGGCCGCUGGGAACGCUCCCCGCCGAGCGCGGUCACAUGGAAAUCAAGCUAG